CAACAACAUCUAUUUAAUCUCUCUAUUUAUCACCAUCUAAUACCACCACCUAAUUUAUUAUGCUCCCCAUGUCCUAACGCUGCUUAUGUUCGUUUUAUAUUCACCAACUAAUACACUAAUAUUAAUUUCUUAAUAAGCCAUUGUAGACUCGGUCUUUACCGGCAAUAACCUUAAACCCUCUUACAUCAAAAAAGUUUUUUUCAUGAACACCUCACUUAUAAAUACACUUCAAGAUCUUCGAUUUAUUUUAAUCUUGUAUGGGAUUAAUAUCUACAAUGAGACUUUACCAUUCCAAAACACAACACAAGUAGACAAUUCAUCAUGUCUCAUCAAGCCCUUUAUUCAACACUAUCCUCCAAAAUACUAUCAGCAAACAAUGUCCUAUCCACAGCAACUGCAGUAAAUGUUUUAUACCCGGAAUCUAAAACCCUAGCCCAAUUAGAGGCAACUUUUGCCUAUUAUUCAAACCAAGAUAUCUUACAAACCGCAACUGCUUCACAAGUGGUGGAAUCCGCUAGUGCCGCAAUGGCUCAAGCUUCAGCUACAAUACAAGUUAUUCAUCAAUCAAGUAAUUUAUAUGGUGGGUUAACUCCUUCAUAUGGUGGGAAUUUAGCAUUAGCCGUCAUUUUUGGGAUUUUUUUCUUCCUACACACACUAUCAGGGAUUUGGUUUAAACAAUGGUGGUUUGGUGUUGCUUUCUUUUGUGGUUGUGGAUUAGAAAUGGCUGGAUAUAUUGGUAGAACUUUAAGUAAUGGAGAUUAUACAGUAUUGGAUUGGUUCUUAUUACAAAUUAUUUGUCUAACUAUUGCUCCUGCUUUUAUAAUGGGUGGGAUUUAUUAUAUAUUGGCAAAAUUUAUAAUGAUUUAUGGUACGAAAUUUGCAAUAAUGAAACCAAUGUGGUAUUCAUAUAUUUUCAUUGUUUGUGAUGUUAUUUCUUUAGUUAUUCAAGCUGCCGGUGGUGGGUUAGCUGCUACUUCAUUAACUGCAAAUGAAUCAACAGAAAGUGGGACUCAUGUUAUGGUUGCAGGUUUAGCAUUUCAAGUGUUUUCAAUGUCGAUUUAUAUUUUCUUAUAUCUACAUUUUUUCCACAAGAUUAGAUUUUUAAAUCAGACUCAACAUAAACAAUUAGAUGAUCAAUUCAAUCCAGAUUAUAAACAUAUUAGAGAUGAAAGAAUGUUUAAAAUCUUCCCAUAUGUGGUGUUUAUCGGGGUUUUAUUUGUUUAUGUUCGUUGUAUUUAUAGAGUUGUGGAAUUAGCUGAAGGUUGGACAGGAUUUUUAAUUGUUCAUGAAGUUUAUUUCAUGAUUUUAGAUGCUUUAAUGAUGGCGUUAACUUGUUUGAUUUUAUUAAUUUUCUAUCCUGGUUAUAUAUUACAUGGAAGAUCUGAAAAAAUCCCUGUUAAAGGUAUGAAGAGUUAUAAACCUGAAGAAAAUUUAGGUGAAGAAGGUCAACAUCCUGAACAAUUGGAAAGAAAACAACAACAAUUGCAGGAUCAAAAUGCGAAUAAUAAUGGAUUUCAGCCAGAUUUAGAGAAAAUCAAUCAAUUUAAUGAUGAUGGUACUUCUGAUCGAUCUUGAUUGAAUUAUCAAUAUCAUCCGUUAUGCAUUUUUGUAUUUUGUCAUACCCAGACGUUGUUUUCAGUUCUUUUAAAUUAUCAUAAAAAUACAAAUACAUCAAUAUUCAGUCGUUACUUUGUACUUGGUCUAAAUUCAAUUCAUCAAACUCUCGCAUGUUUAUUCAACUCUUUUUUAACCGUUCCGAAAUCUGAAUCAUCGGUGCAAAAUUUGUGAGACAGCAACAUGAUACGAUUGAAAGGCGGAUUCUUGGUAAUUAAACACCUAUAUCGAGUUUAUUAACAACGACAUUUCAAAAUAGACUUAAAUCUCCUUUCUUUACAGUUUACAGAAGUU